AUGAUCGAAGUCACUUUUGACGCCCACUUGCCUGAGAGCUUGGAGAGCUUUAAUGCGGACUUUAAUAUAAUGAAUUUUGCCGAUCAAGCCUGUCAAUUUGCGCUUUGCCAUCUGACCACUUGCGCCGUUGCAGCCAUGGGUUGGGGUGGCUGGGGCAAGGGAAAAGGUUAUCAUCACCACCACCAUCCCGUUGAGAGGGCUGUGGCAGAGGUCGCAGUGCUGGGUGGUGCAGCCUUGGCCGGUGCCGCCGUCGCCAGCGCGGUGGCCGCCCCACGUCGCCCAGCUCCAGUGGUUCGAGAGGUGGUCGUGACACCGGCACCGGUGGCCGUGGCUCCAGUGAUGGGAACGCCGGUGGCAGCUACUCCGGUGGUGGUUUACAAAGGCAAGGGCAAAGGCAAAGGAUGGAAAGGGAAAGGAAAAGGCGUGACGGAGGUGCUGGAAGUCCCACCCUUGGGAGUCAGUGCCGUGGGCAUUCCAGCCUCUGGUCUUUCGAAGCAGCAGGGUGUGACCUUCUUCUCGGUGGAUGUGGUGCCAGAAAAGGGGGAGCGGCUCCAUCGCAUGGCACCGCAUGGCUGGAUCAGCCAGGACUUCCCUCCCAAGCACCUCUUUAGUUGUGAAGGUGCGAAGCUGGAAGAUCGACGUCACGGUCUUGAAAGGUGGCUGACGCGGAUCCUGAAUGACCCCCACAGCCGUGGACUUUGGUGCUUGGAGCUUCGUGGGUUCCUGGAAGUGGGCGGUGUGCAUACCCUCCCAGACACAGCGCCAGCGCCGCCGUCAGCCUCGGCACCGGAGCCAGAAGGACAAGUCUUAGAGAUCACCAUUCCAGCUGGCGUCACGAGUGGGCAAAGCUUGUCGGUGACUGUGCCCGACGGGCGUCAACUGACCUUCUGUGUGCCGCCGGAGGCUGCCGCGUCCGCCUCGCUGCAGCUGUGGUUCGAUCCGGUGGCUGGCACGGUGAGCCCCAUGGACGAGGACCCACCUGACUUGAUAGAUCCAGAGGAGGCCUGCCGCUACGCGAGCCAUUGCGCCUCCAGAAAGGUCGUACUUCUCUACUACUUGGGGCCGAGCGUGGCUGUGGCGAGCCUUUGUCCAAGAGGAGAUCCCUCCAAGACGUAUGAGGUACGAAUAACGGAGGAUACGGUGAUCGUGUACUUGAAUGAUGCGUGCGAGCUGUAUUUACAGGCCUCUGGUAUUGAUGUUCCCGAUGGGCUCGCCCAGUCGGCCGCCCGGUCGGCCGUCCGACGGGGCGUUCGUCGUUGCAAGGCUCGCUUCACCCAGACCUUGGCGGCCAUGCCCCGGAACUCAGGCCCCGGCGUGUUCACCUCGAUCCUGGCGAAGCUGGCACGAGAGCGCCGCUGGUGGGAUGUGGAUGCAGUGUUUGCAGAGAUGACGGCCCGCAACAUUAAGCCGAACAGGAUUCACCUCAACGCGGCCAUCAACGUCUUCGCCAAAGCUAGGCGACCGCAGAAAGCAGAAGAAUGGCUGAUUUGGAUGCAGGACAACGACCUCAAGCCAAACGAGGUCAGUUACAACAGCGUCAUCAACGCUUGUGCUCAAACUGGCUACGUCGAGCGUGCUGAGAUGUGGCUCGGCCGCAUGCUGGAAGCGGGUGUCCAAGCGAAUGAGGUGAGCUACAAUAGCGUCAUCAACGCAUGCGCUCAAAAGGGGCGUGUGAGCCGGGCGGAGAUGUGGCUGGAGAAGAUGUUGGCUGCUGGUGUGAAGACUGAUGCUUUCAGCUACAACAGCGUCAUCAACGCUUGUGCACAAAGAAGAGACAUUGAGCGCGCUGAAACAUGGCUCGAGAAGAUGCUCAGCGAGGGCAUCCAAGCUGAUGAAGUGAGCUAUAGCAGCGUCAUCAAGGCCUGUGUACAGAAGGGCGAGCUGGACUUGGCCGGCUACUGGUUGGAGCGUAUGGCGGCCGCAGGGCUUCAGGCCAAUGAGGUCACAUACAACACCGUGGCAGGAGCAUGCCUGGCUGCAGGUGACAAAGAGCGUCUUGAAAGAUGGCGGAAGCUAAUGCGCUUAGAAGAGAGUACGGUCUUGAAGGACCCGCCUCUUCAAAAGCCCUCCAGACCAUCAUCAUGCACCACCAAAAAUCUUGAUGAGGUGGACCAGGAUAUCUUGAGUGAGGUCUUGCCGAAGGGAUUGCCUGAUGCGUGA